CUUGGACAACUUGGAAGGCAAGUAGAUUCCAACUCAAUUGAUCCGUCAAUGGCCCUCCAAAACAACGAUCCUGCUCUUAUCACUUGGGGGUUUUUUAGUGGACACCCAAAACCUCCUAUUCGGAUUUACCUCUUUGGCUAUUCCCCAUGGAGGGUACAAUGCAGCUUGGGCUUAGCAGCAACAUACCUCUGCCGCCCGCGGCUAAGCUUACUAGAGCCGCAAUCCCAAACAACAACCAUAAGCUUCACUUCCGCCUUGGCCACGAUCAUGCCUCAUUUCGGUCAUUUUCCAGGGCUCGUAAGCACCGAUGCCGAUUUGGGUUAAGAGCUCGUGUAAUUGUAUGCGCCAAAGGGAAGUGGUCAAUGCCGUGGAGAGAUGAGAAAAAACAGAGCAAAUGCAGAGAUGGGAAUGAGGGGAAACUGGAGGUUGUUAGAUCAUUCGUUUUGGCUUGUGCUCUUGGUGUUGGCAUCAUCGGCGUAAGCUUGAUGAGGAGGGAUCGGGUAGCGAUGGCUGGGCCGAGGGAACUGUACCAAAAGGCUCCACAAUCUUCGCCGGUAGGAGGGGCAGGAUACUCACUGGGAGGGAGGACAGCUCUGAGGUCUUUGUUGGAUGUGCCUAAGCUGAUGGCUUCCAGCAAAGUUGAGCCAUUUCAGGUGGAGUUUGAGUUGCCCUAUAGUCCUUCCACGGCUGAAGUUAUCCCCAUUAAGAUGCAUGCGGUGAAGUUGAUGGCACAUGGUCAAUCUGAAGCUGCCGUCAAAUUCCUGCGAGAUGCAGUUUACCUGUAUAAGAACAGGAAGGAUAAUGAGCCUGCCUACAACGUUGGGAUGGUUUUGGUUGAGAUUCUCAUAUGUCAGGGAAAGUAUAAGGAAGCCUUGGAAUGCAACUCUUUGAACGAACAUCAACGUUUGCCAUCAGAUGGUCGGUUCCCUCUAUACAAGGCAAUUAUCUACACGAUGUUGGAUAACAAAGUGGAGGCAAAGAAGUGGUGGGAACAGUACAUUGAAGCUGUUGAGCAAGGAAUUGAACUCCCUCAGGAUCCCGACAUUGCUUAAAGUUGCUUGAAAUUUGUAACUGAUCUAUGAAGAAUUAUUUUUGUAGCUAUUGGUUUGAUUCUGCUUAUAAAUGUAGUGUCUUUAAUACUUGUAUACACUGAUGCUCUCGUAAUUGACAUAAAAUAAACGGGUAUGACUAACAGAAUACUCUUCAACAAUGCAAUAUGUUGUUCACUUCACAUGACAUAAUCUAGCCUACGUUUCCAAGAGAUGACAAGGUAAAGAAUAAUGUGAAUUUUGAUAC